AAAGAGCAGUCCACGCAGCAAAACAGAUCAUGAGUUUGGGUCUAUCGUUGUUACCCUGGGUGAUAGGAUAAAAGGACGCCCAUAAUCUCGUCAGGAAAGCAUCAAUCCACCCAGAUCACCAACAGCAGCUGCCCUAUUUAUACUAUUUAUUUAUCUUCAACUGUCCAUUGCAUUCACACUCACUUAAUCCCGAUCUAUUCUCACAUUCGAGUAACGCUCAGUCAUUCAUUUGUUGUUUAACUUAAUAUCAACCAAAAAUGCAUCUAGCUUCAUUCAUCAUUCUCAGCUUGAGCUUUUACUAUGCUCAAGCUGACUCGAACACUUCCAUGUCAGGCCCUCAACUCAAGCCCAUGCAGUGCACCAACAUUUACUUGACUUUGUCAGAACGUGACAUAGCCGAAAUGCAAAGCAAGGGUGGUCUCAAUCCAAGCCAACGGGCCAAAUUGUCCACCAACCCAGUCGAGGCCGUCUGCAAAAGCAGUGCCGCGGGUGACAAUGGGGGUUUGUGCGACUUCAAGACUUGCUCCGGGAAACCUGCAGUUUGUGGUACCUGCUACCCAGUUACAAUGAAAGAAGGUAAACUGGUGAGGACUUCCGAAACAUCUGUUGAAAAAGUGGAAUGUGGAAAGAAUUACUUCUUGAAAACAGAGAAGGACCACAACAUCUGUACUGCCUAUGAUAACAAGAUGUACAGUUGCACUGGGGAAUGCAAGGCUUCAAUUGAAUGCCAGUCUUGUGUUGGUUUGGAUGAUCCAGCCUUCAAGAAGGCUUCCUAGGUGAUACAUCCUCAUCACUCUUUGGUCUCUUCUUUUUUGUUUAUUUGAGAAUACUUUUGAAUUCAAUUCAUCAUAAUUUGGGCAGUUUCACCAACUGCAGUGUGGAUGUGAAUUAUUUGUUCCAUGGUAGAUUUUGAUUCUCAUUAUCUAUUAGAUAUUAGAUACCUUACAUCAUUUGAAUGGUUUGUUUAAUUCAAAUCUAUUUGAAUGCACAUUUCCUCUUCUUGAUCAUUUAAAAUAUUCUGAUUUGACUUUUGAGGGCAUGAUAUGAGUCUAUGAGAGAAAAUUGAUUCCAGCUUGGUACUUUUUUGGUGUUAUACUGCCACCAUAAAAAGAAUCUUCUUUACAACUAAUGCUUGCAAGAAGAUGGCUUAGAAGUCAAUCAAAGCCUAGAAAAACAUAUCAGAAAAAUAAAUCAAAUUUCAAUUAUAUUUGCACUGUGAGA